AUGUCUGUCACCGCUGAGAAAGUCACUGACGCCGCCGUCAACGACGUUGCUGCCACUCUGGCCAACACAACCAUCUCUGGCAAGCCUGACGAAAAGGCCAACGACGCCUUCCUUGCCAGCGCCGCCGAGGGCCGCCGACUUUACAUCGGCAACCUCGCGUACGCGACAACUGAAGGGGAGCUUAAGGAGUUCUUCAAGGGAUAUCUUGUCGAGUCGGUCUCGAUCCCUAAGAACCCCCGUACUGACCGCCCGGUUGGCUACGCCUUUGUUGACCUGUCAACCCCGACCGAAGCCGACCGUGCCGUCACCGAGCUUUCUGGUCAGGAGAUUCUGGAGCGCAAGGUGUCCGUCCAGCUUGCUCGCAAGCCGGAGCCCGCUGGUGAGAAGGACGGUGCCAACGGCGAGGGUGCAGAGGGCACACGUCGCCGCCACUCUACCCGCGGCCGCGGCCGUGCGAGCCGUGGCCGUGCUGGUCGUGGCCGAGGUGGCCGUUCUAGCGGCGAGGAGGGAACUGCUGUUGAGGGCGAGGCAUCCGAAGCGGCCGCUACGGAUGCCCCCGCCGAGGCUGCGAACGAUGCCACGACCAAGGACUCCGCUGAGGAUGCUGCUAAGAAGGCCAGCCAGCCACGCCCACCCCGUGAGCGUCGUGAGCGUGGCCCGCCUGCGGACGGCAUUCCUUCGAAGACAAAGGUCAUGGUGGCUAACCUGCCGUAUGACUUGACUGAGGAGAAGCUCAAGGAACUCUUUGCAGCUUACGAGCCGUCGACUGCUAAGAUCGCUCUUCGCCCGAUUCCCCGGUUCAUGAUCAAGAAGUUGCAGGCCCGUGGAGAGGCGCGUAAGGGACGCGGCUUCGGCUUCGUGACCUUGGCCUCGGAGGAGCUGCAGCAGAAGGCAGUGACUGAGAUGAACGGAAAGGAGAUUGAUGGUCGUGAGAUCGCUGUCAAGGUCGCUAUUGACAGCCCGGACAAGACCGACGAGGAGACGACUGCCUCCGAGAGUGUUGAGGCCACCAACGGUGACCCCGUUGAGGCUGAGGCUCCGGCAGCCACGGCCUAA